AUGUCUCAGCCAACUCCCUCUCCGAACCCGGUGGGUGAGCCGAAAGCUCCUAUGACCGACCCCGCCCCUCAGGCCGAUGAUCAGACCAGAAACCAGGUUGUCGACCCUGCCGCGAAGGAUGCGCAGGGUGCUCCUAAGGUCAAGAGUGAGAAAGAGUUAGAGCGAGAACGACGAAAGGCCGAGAAGGCGAAGAAGUUCGCCGAGAAGCAGGCAAAGGCUGCUGCGGCCAAACCUGCGCCUGUCAAGGCUGAAAAGAAGGCCAACAAGAUCGAGAAGGAGAAGACAACCGAUGCAUACGAUCCCAAGGUCAUUGAAUCCGGCCGGUACGAAUGGUGGGAGGAACGUGAUCUUUUCAAGCCCGAGUUCGGCCCCGAUGGCAAGGUCAAGCCCGAGGGUUACUUCGUCAUCCCAAUUCCUCCCCCGAACGUCACAGGUUCCCUGCACAUGGGCCACGCUCUUACCAAUGCCCUUCAGGAUACUAUGAUUCGUUGGGAGCGGAUGAAGGGAAAGACCACUCUCUGGCUUCCUGGUAUGGAUCACGCCGGUAUCUCCACUCAGAGUGUUGUCGAGAAGAUGCUCUGGAAGAAGGAAAAGAAGACCCGCCACGAUCUUGGCCGUGAGGAGUUCACGAAGAGGGUGUGGACUUGGAAGGACGAGUACCAUGCGAACAUCAAGAAUGCUUUGCGGAGAGUCGGUGGUUCUUUCGAUUGGUCGCGUGAGGCUUUCACCAUGGAUCCCAACCUGUCGGCUGCCGUCACAGAGACUUUCGUACGGCUCCACGAAGAAGGCAUCAUCUACCGCGCCAACCGUCUUGUCAAUUGGUGUGUUGCCCUGAAUACCUCUUUGUCCAACCUCGAGGUCGAGAACAAGGAGGUCGAAGGACGUACACUGCUUGACGUGCCUGGCUAUGACAAGAAGAUCGAAUUCGGUGUCUUGACCCACUUCUACUAUGAGAUUGAUGGCACCAAGGAGAGAAUCGAGAUCGCUACCACUCGCCCAGAAACCAUGAUUGGUGACACAGGUAUUGCCGUCCACCCCGACGACAAGCGCUACCAGCACCUUAUUGGCAAGUUCGCCCGUCAUCCCUUCGUCGACCGCUUGAUGCCCAUCGUUGCCGAUACGGAUGUCGAUCCUGAAUUCGGUACCGGUGCGGUCAAGAUCACCCCUGCCCACGAUUUCAACGAUUUCAACCGUGGAAAGGCCCACAACCUCGAGUUCAUAUCCGUUCUGAACGAUGAUGGUACGUUUAACAAGAAUGGUGGCCCAUUCGUUGGCAUGAAGCGUUUCGAUGCCCGUUACAAGGUCAUUGAGAUGCUGAAGGAGAAGGGAUUGUACGUGAAAUGGGAGAAUAACCCCAUGAAGAUUCCUCGCUGUGCCAAGUCGAAUGAUGUUAUUGAGCCUAUUCUGAAGCCCCAGUGGUGGAUGAAGAUGCAAGAUCUCGCCGAGCCUGCCAUCAAGGCUGUUGAGAAUGGUGAAAUUGUCAUCAAACCCGAGUCCGCUGAGAAGAACUACUUCCGCUGGAUGAGAGGUGUCAAUGACUGGUGUCUUUCAAGACAGCUCUGGUGGGGUCACCAGGCUCCUGCUUACUUCGUCAAGGUCGAGGGCGAAGACGGCGAUGACAGUGACGGUAACCUGUGGGUUACCGGGCGUACCGAAGAAGAAGCCCGCAAGAAGGCCGAGGCCAAGUUCCCUGGCAAGACAUUCUCCUUGAUCCGGGACCCAGAUGUGCUCGAUACCUGGUUCUCAUCCGGUCUGUGGCCCUUCUCAACACUGGGAUGGCCCCGCCAGACUCAUGAUCUGGAGAACUUGUAUCCUACAUCUGUGCUCGAGACUGGUUGGGAUAUUUUGUUCUUCUGGGUCGCACGUAUGAUCAUGCUUGGUAUCAAGCUGACCGGCAAGGUGCCCUUCAAGGAAGUUUACUGCCAUUCCUUGAUCAGAGAUUCCGAGGGUCGCAAGAUGUCCAAGUCCCUUGGUAAUGUCAUUGACCCCUUGGAUGUCAUGGAGGGUAUCGAGCUUCAGUCUCUCCAUGCCAAGCUACUUACUGGUAACCUUGCCGAGAAGGAGGUUGCAACUGCUACCAAGUACCAGAAGAAGGCUUUCCCCAAGGGUAUUCCCGAAUGUGGUGCCGAUGCUCUGCGUUUCGCCCUUGUGUCUUAUACUACUGGUGGUGGUGAUAUCGCAUUCGACAUCCAGGUUAUUCACGGCUACCGCCGUUUCUGCAACAAGAUUUACCAGGCUACUAAGUUCGUCUUGGGCAGAUUGGGUGAUGACUUCAAGCCCCUGCCAGCCCCUUCAAAGACUGGCCGGGAAUCUCUCUCUGAGCGCUGGAUUCUGCAUAAAUUCAACACCGCUGUCAAGGAGGUCAAUGAGGCGCUGGCGCAGCGUGAGUUCUCUGUUGCCGCUUCUACGACUUAUCAGUACUGGUACGGGCAGCUUUGCGACAUCUUUAUCGAAAACUCGAAGUAUCUCUUGGCUCCUGAGGUGCCCGCCGAAGUACAGGAAUCGGCCAAGCAGACUUUGUACACUGCCCUCGAGGGUGCUCUGACUCUUAUUCACCCUAUUAUGCCUUUCGUUACAGAGCACCUGUGGCAGCGCCUACCUCGCAGACCUGGUGACGAGACUAUCUCGAUCAUGAAGGCUCGUUAUCCCCAGUACAACCCAGAGUUCAACGACCCCGAAGCCGAGACAGCUUAUGAGCUCAUCCUGAAUACCUCCAAGGCUAUCCGGUCGAUCCUUGCCCAGUAUGAGAUCAAGACUAAGGGCGAUAUUAUUAUCCAGACCUAUGACCCCGUCAGCCACAAGACCAUCUCGGACGAAGUGACCAGCAUCAAGUCCCUGGGUGGCAAGUUUUUGGGAGAGCUCAGCGUAGCUGACCUCGAAGACACCAACCCUCCUUCAGGCUGUGUCGUUGCCCCCGUCGGUGCCCAGGCCGCUGUGUACCUGCGUGUGUCGAAAGAGGUAGCUCUGGAGCAGGAGGAGAAGGCUAAGGCCAGCUUGGAGAAGGCACGCGAGACUGUUCGCCGCCAACAGACUCUCGUCAAUGGCGCUGGAUGGAAGGAGAAGGUUAAGCCAGAGGUUCGUGAGCAGGAAGAGAGAAAGCUUCGGGAUGCCGAGAGUGAGGCUGCGCGGUUGGAAGAGCAGAUUCGCGAAUUUGAGAAGCUUCGCUUGGAGUAA